CCCCAGGCCGCUCUCUCUCAGCUCUCCACUGUCCUCGUUGCUCUGCGCCGGCGCUGGGGUGGAAGGGGAAGGGGCUGUCAGGCCGGGCCGGGGCAGCAGUCGAGGGGUCCCCGCCCCUUCACGCACUGAGAUGAGGAAACUGAGGCCCAGGGAGGUUAAGCAUCAGAGAUAGUGUUUGACUCCAGAGACACUGCCCUUUCCCCUCAUCCAAGGUGAUGUGUGCUAUGACUAGUCUCAGAUUGCCCAUCCGUGCUUUAAGAAAACCGAAUGUCUGGAUAGGACCCUGGGGGACAUCUCUUGCACAUAAACCCUGUACCUCUUGGAGUCAGUACAUAAAUUCUGCUAGUUAUCAGUUAAACACAUCAAACUAUAGAACAUUAUUCUUCUGUGGCAUUUCCUCUGUGAAACUCCCAGGGCUUUUAAUAUCCCCAGAAUGCAUUUCACUCUUUUCUAUAAGACUCAAAAGCAACACAGGGUCUAAAAAGACCAGUAAAAAAGCUUUGCAGAAAGUAGAAGAUGAUGACGAUGAUUCUGAUGAAGAUCGGGGAGAGAUGAGUGAGCAGGAAGAUGAAUUUGAAGAUGACCCCAAUGUAGUAAAAGACUAUAAGGAUCUGGAGAAAGUCGUCCCUUCUUUUCGGUAUGAUGUCAUCUUGAAAACAGGGCUGGAUCUUGCAAGAAAUAAAAUAGAAGAUGCAUUCUAUAAAGGUGAACUCAGAUUGAAUGGAGAAAAAUUGUGGAAGAAAAGCAGAACGGUGAGUUGUUGAAACUUAAGUUGACAUUGAAAUACAUUUGUCAGAGAUACUGCCAGUCCUGAGCUGAUGCCGCUCCUUCCCUCAUCCCAAAUCCAUUCAUUCCCCUGGUAGGAACAUGAGUACUCAAAGCAUAGCCAGGGCCAGUGGCCCUUAAGAGAUUUUGGUGGGAAUGAGAGACAAAGAUCAUAUUAAAGAAUUUUAUUCUUCAGCAGUUUCAGUGGUCAUUUUAAUGAUUCAUCUCUUUUUUUCUAUAGUAUUGGAAGUCAAAGUCAGAAACUAGGAAGAUCCAUUGACUAAACCCUUGAGUUUUCUUUGCUUCUUCCACAGUAACACACCCUAAAUAGCAGUGGAGAUGGUUUUCAUUCGAGGGUUUCUUUGGCUUCACAUCAAAGAGCCAGUGUUCUCUUCAGUAGUCAGUUAAACAAAUGUCUCUUCCUAGCCCAGUGCUAGGUCCUGUAGGAAAUACAGAAUAAGCACGUGACAAGGCCUUUGCUGUCAGUGAACUUACAAUCAUUAGAACAGCACAAGGCAGCACCACAAUUGGGUUUGGCCAGAAAUGGUGCUGAUAAACAGUGCCUAUAGGAGUUUUGAGAAUUUAGCGAAAAAGGAUCCCUGUGGGCUGAAGUCCUUAAGGGUUCAGGAGGAAGUGAGACUUGAGAUGGACCUUGGAGGAGCAGGAGGUAUGGUUUAGAUGGAGGAUUCUGAGCCUGGCAUUUGGAAAUUUGUUGUUUUCUUAAAUUUAGGUAACUGUUCUAAUUAUUUUCCUUUGUAAUUCUAUGUAUUGUAUUUUAUUUCAUUUAGUAAAAACCUUUAUUGUAAGAAGAGUUCUGUCAACUUCACCAGAUUGACUGCUAAAGAGGUUCAUGACAUGGAAAUGGUUAAAGACCCCAGGUUCAGACAGAGAGAGGGAAGAAAAUAGAAAAGAGUGUGGGGUAGGUGAAGGACAGUAAGGAGACAUUGGACUUUGUUAGUAUUAUUGAAGUAAAAACUUUAAAAAAAUUAAACAUGUUUAGUGGAUA